AUGCUCUUCUUCAGCUUCUUCAAGACGCUCGUGGAUCACGAAAUCACCGUGGAACUCAAAAAUGAAGUCUGCAUACGCGGCACCCUCAAGAGCGUGGACCAAUACUUGAACAUCAAACUGGACAAUGCGGAGGCAACAGAUGAAUUGAGAUGGCCGCAUUUGUGCUCCACACGUGACAUGUUCAUUCGCGGUUCCGUCGUCCGAUACGUACACCUCCCGAGCAGCGCGGUAGACACAGCACUUCUGGAGGAUGCAACUAGGCGAGAAGCGGAGGCGGCAAAGGGCAAGGCAAAAUGAACCAAGGUGGAUUGAUACGAGUGCGAGGCUAUGGGUCAUGCCGCACUGCGGCAACAAAAAAAUUACACAUUGGAUGGCUGGCGAAACAAACGGUGAUCCGAGCUGAACAUGGAAUUCAGGAAACUGCGCCGAAUGAAGAUGAGGAUGAACCGUGCGGCUCGAUGUUUUUACUCGAGCGUGAAAGCCGAAGCAAAGAUCAAGAUGAGGCGUUGCUAGAUAUACCCAGAAGCACGAGGUUCGUUCACGAAUUUC